CACCAUGUGAACCUUCAGCACAUUAUCUGCACAGACAAAAAGGAGCAAGAAAAAAAGCAUCACCUACCCAAUCCAAUUCCAAGUCCCAAUUGGAACAAGAUCUUGCUCCGUGCCAUCAGGUCCAAGUCCAUCGCUUUCUCUUCUCCUUUCCGUUCUGCGUCCAUCCAUCCAUUCGACAGUUCCACCACGGCGCCGACGACUUCCCUGCGACGGGAGCAGCACCAGCCAGCUCGCCAGGGAAGCAAGCUCCCAAGAGCGCGACUCGGUGAGUGACAGCAGCAAGAAGAGUAGGAGGUAGGCGGCUAGGAGGGGCACAGGGAGGCAGCCAAUGCCGUGGGGCGCGCGGGGAUAGGAGGAUGGGUGGAGGGGGCGCGCUCGUCGACGGCUUCCGCCGCUGGUUCCACCGCCGCAACGGCUCCACCUCCAACUCCAACCAGUCGUCCGCCGGCGAGGGAGAGGAGGGGUCGCCCGAUCUCGAGGUCGUCGAGGACCCGGAUCUCACCGGACUCCGCGCCAUCCGCGUGCCCAAGCGCAUGAUGCCGCUGCCCGUCGAGAGCCACAAGAAGAACUCAGUGGAAAUGGAGUUCUUCACAGAGUACGGAGAGGCAAGCCAGUACCAGAUCCAAGAAGUCAUUGGCAAAGGGAGUUACGGAGUAGUUGCUGCAGCAGUAGAUACCCGUACCGGUGAGCGGGUUGCUAUCAAGAAGAUCAACGAUGUGUUUGAGCAUGUCUCAGAUGCUACACGCAUCCUGCGGGAGAUCAAGCUCCUUCGGCUGCUCCGUCAUCCGGACAUAGUUGAAAUCAAGCACAUCAUGCUCCCUCCUUCUCGGAGGGAGUUCCAAGAUAUCUAUGUUGUUUUUGAGCUCAUGGAGUCGGAUCUCCAUCAAGUAAUCAAGGCGAAUGAUGACCUCACCCCAGAGCAUCACCAGUUUUUCCUGUACCAACUUCUUCGUGCUCUCAAGUACAUCCAUGCAGGUAAUGUCUUUCAUCGUGAUCUAAAGCCCAAGAAUAUACUGGCUAACUCGGACUGUAAAUUGAAAAUCUGCGACUUUGGACUUGCCCGUGCAUCAUUUAAUGAUGCUCCGUCAGCUAUAUUUUGGACGGACUAUGUGGCAACAAGGUGGUACCGAGCACCUGAAUUGUGCGGCUCCUUUUUCUCCAAGUACACUCCUGCAAUUGAUAUUUGGAGUAUUGGGUGUAUAUUUGCUGAACUUGUCACUGGAAGGCCGCUAUUUCCUGGGAAGAAUGUUGUACACCAAUUGGAUAUUAUAACAGAUCUUCUUGGAACUCCAUCAUCUGAAACCUUGUCUCGGAUUCGAAAUGAGAAGGCCAGGAGAUACUUAAGUUGCAUGCGGAAAAAGCACCCUGUCCCCUUUUCUCAGAAAUUUCGUAAUGCUGAUCCUUUGGCUCUUCGUCUGCUAGAGCGUUUACUUGCAUUUGAUCCUAAAUAUCGACCUACGGCUGAAGAGGCUCUGGCUGAUCCAUACUUUGCAUGCCUUGCUAAUGUGGAACGUGAGCCCUCAAGGCACCCAAUUUCAAAACUUGAGUUCGAAUUUGAGAGAAGGAAGCUAACAAAAGAUGACGUUAGAGAGCUGAUCUAUCGAGAGAUUUUGGAGUAUCAUCCACAGAUGCUGGAGGAGCACAUGAAAGGUGGAGAACAGAUUAGCUUCCUAUAUCCAAGUGGAGUUGAUCGCUUCAAACGGCAGUUUGCACACCUUGAGGAGCAUUAUAGCAAAGGAGAAAGAGGUUCUCCACUGCAGCGAAAGCAUGCUUCUUUACCAAGGGAAAGAGUGGUUGUAUCAAAGGAUGGUAAUAAUGAACAACAUACUGAUGAUCAGGAGAGAAGUGCAGAUUCAGUUGCCUGCACUACUGUGAGCCCUCCGAGGUCACAAGAUGUUGGUCAGAAUGGCGUGAAAUCCACAAGCUUAAGUUCCCGGAGCUACCUGAAGAGUGCGAGCAUUAGUGCUUCCAAGUGUGUCGUUGUCAAUGGAAAUAAAUACCCAGAGGAUGAUGAAAUCCCUGAGGAAAUGGAAGGCGUCGUCCAUGUAUUAUCUGACAAGGUCUCCAGGAUGCACUCCUAGGGCAACAAUGACCGUGGCGAAACAAUCUCGGCGCAAUAUUUCUGUCAGGUACCAUGUAUACCGAUAAUAUAGAGGACAAACUGGGAAAGCAAAACACUGCACUGCAAGUCUGGACUUCGGGCACAGCUACAGCCAGUUCGACAUUACUUGGGAGGAAGACACGGCCACCUGAUGGUUCUUUCUUCAUGUGUAGGCAUGCUCACCUAUUCCUUGCCAGCAUGGAUUCAUGGAUGAUUCCCCGAUGUAAUAACAUUAGUUUAGUCCAUGGAGGAAACAUAAUGGAGUGUGGUCAGCUUGUACACCAUCAGAACGUGUUCGUUUUCCAGUGGAGUCUGAACCUGUGUGUGAAUUUUACAUCGACUCUGUGCCGUAUGAACAGUCAUCAGUGUACCAUUUUAUUUUUCCUUUUCGAGGGGAUAUAACAUAUCGGUGUACCUUCAGCCUGUCAAGAUGAGACUACAAGGUCAAGAUUCAAGAAGCAUUAGCGCCUGCA